CUUUCAUUGGGACUGAGCAUACUGACCAUUGUAGGAAAUCAUUCACCAUGCAGCUCGUCGAUUGUGCCCUGUGGCUUUUGUGGGCUUACUAUUUAUCGCCAGUACGUGCUUCUGCAAAACCUGGAGAUGAAGUAGCUUGUGAUGAUUAUGGAAACGAGAAUCUUGUCACCGUGGAUACUCUCUGCAAAGGCAAAUUUUGCAAGAUCGGUCCCACUUGCACCUAUGCAAUGAUGUGCCAGGAAGCGGCUUUGGACGCUCUGAAGAGGGGUGGUUCUACUAAGUGCCAUUGUGAGUGCCAGACAAAUUGAUUCUCUCAAAAUUAGUCUCAGCACCUGGCUCC